AUGGACUAAUAAAUUGCACUUUAUCUGAAAAUGAUCUCCUAUUACGAAUAGAAACUAUAAACAAUCAAAUAAACCUUAUACUCCAAUAACUCUGACAAUAUAGAUAGAUCUUUUGAAUUGUUGUCCAACAACGAGGAUACCAUUACGAAGAAUACUUUGUUAAACUUUUUCGUUUAGAAUCUCCAUCCUAUCAAUUAUAAAGACGUCAUCGAAUUUAUCUGGUUUAUUGGUGAUAAAGAUAGAUUUACUAUCAGUAAACAAUAAUUUCAAAAUUACUUAACGAAACUUUUACUUCAUAAAUCAAACACUAUCAUUGAUCAUACAAACAAUGAUCUUUAAGUAUAGCUUCUGAAAUUACUCACUCAAUAAAUAAGAGUAAUUAAAUAAAUUAAGGAUAGCAAAUUGUAAAUAAUUAACAACGAUGAGUUCAAUAUAAUCAAGAUAUUUUAAAACCUAAGUGAUCACAACGAUAUUAUAAAUACCAAUAGCCUUCUUAAUUUUAUGAAAAGCAAUAAGGUUUAAUUUAACAAUUUCGAUUUUGAUUUGCUAACCUUUGCCACAUUUGGAAGGAAAUGCAACAUUACUUUCGAUCAAUUUAAAGAUUGCUCAUUGUUCUCCAACAAUAUUUCUAACAAAUAAUACAUUAAAUCAAGAGAAAUACCUGAAGAAAAAUAGAUGACUCAUUCUUACAUCGUUAAUCUAAGUAAAUCUAUAAUACAGCAAUAAUAAUUAAUGCCUAUAAGUGAAGCGAGCAGCAUUGUUGAAUUUAAAACUUCUGAACUUAAACCUAAAACUAAAAGAUAUUAAGAAUAAACUAAUGUACCCAGACAAUAUUGAUUAAUAUUUAUUAUAAAACAUUUUUAUUUAACAUUUGAAUCU